CAACAUUGUCAAACAUUCUGCCAAUCAUCAUGCGCACGCAAACCUUCAUAACCGCGGCUGUUCUGGCCCUUUUCGGUUACGCCACCGCAGAAAUCAAUAUUGAGCUCUACCCCAACAGCGAGGAUUGUACGGGAGAGAAGAUCGUUUUGACGACUACUGGAUGCCAGGAUGUCGAGAUUCGUGGCAGCGCUAAGGUUAUCAGCGGUGGUACCUGGGCAUAUUCUGGUCGAGGAUGCACCUCACUCCAGACCGGCACAUACCUCCCUGAGCACGGAUGCUUCAUAACCUAUCCCGUAUACUUCAGCUGGAAUCCCGUCAACCGCUUUUUGGCUUGUGUCAAAAGCCGCAAUAUGUACACCGCUGCUUCCCAUUUCCGGACGAUUGGAACUCCUCCCCCAAUUACCCUAUCAGAACCAGUCAUCUACAACCUUCACUGA